AUGGUCAAAGUCCUCAUCUCCCUCAGCGUGUUGGCCGCUGCCGCUACGGCAGGCUCCGUCACGAAACUCCCCGAGUCUGUGACCAAGCUCAUCGACUACUCCAUCAACCCAUGCGACGACUUUUACCAAUAUGCGUGUGGCGCGUGGUACAAGGAUGUUGUGAUACCCCCGGGCAGAUACCUAAUCGAUACGGCGUUCUACGAGAUCGGCAUCCGAAACCAAGCUGUAUUGAAGAAGAUUUACUCUGACAACAAGCCCAAGCUUGGUGAGUUUUACAACUCCUGUUUGGAUACGGCUACGCUAUCGUCGCUCGGCGUAACACCGCUGGAGGACUCAUUCAAAGCCAUUCGGUCGGCCAACACCACGUUGGACCUUCUCAUCGUGGCUGGUGAAUUGGCCAAGAACGGCAUCCCUGCAUUUGUCGACAUAAAGGCCAGCGCUGAUGACAACGACGUGACCAAGAACGCCCUCUUCGGUUUCCGAACCCCCCUGUCGCUGGAUCGCAGGUACUACACCACCCCUUCCUGGGAGACCGUCGAAGCCGAGUACAAGGUGUACAUUGCGUCGGUGUUGCAGCUAGCUGGCUACACUGCUGAGCAAGCGGCGGCUGCCGUGCCGGUGAUCAUCCGUUUCGAGCAAACUCUGGCUGGUGUCGCACUCAACGAACUCGAGGAGAUAGGGGCCCCUGUGUCUCCGUAUACUGCGUUUACGUACAGCCAACUGGACCAGAAGUACCCCCUGCUCAUCGGCUCGUGGCUCAAGGCCCACGGCUUUGACAUCUACGACCAGUGGGACGAGGUGUUGUCGGCUGAUGCGGCCAAGACGGCCGACGAACUAGCCAAGGCCUUGGAGUCGUCCUUCUCCACUGGCAUUGUCACCGCCGACUGGUUGGACAACUCGACCCGCGCCAACGCGCAAACGAAGAUGUCCAAGCUUGUUCACGCGUUGGGUGGCCCGGAGAAGCCGCAGCUAUACCCCACGCUAACGUUGGAUUCGAAGACGUAUUUGAACAACCGGUGGAUGGUGUCCCAAGUGAACGUCGACACCAACUUGAAGCUGAACGGCCAACCUGUGGACAGACGCAAGUUCCGCAACCCCCCCCAUGUGGUGAACGCGUACUACGGUCCCCAGACGAAUCAAAUUACACUCCCCGCCAGCAUUUUGCAAAAACCAUUCUUUGACGGCCAGUUUGACGCUGCUCAGAACUUUGGUGGCAUCGGGGCGGUCAUCGGACACGAAAUUACCCACGGGUUCGACAACAACGGCCGCCAAUACGAUAGCGACGGCAACUUGAAACAGUGGUGGUCGAACGCCACCAGCACUGCGUUCAACACGAAAUCCCAGUGCAUUAUCGACCAGUACGCCAACUUUGUCGUCAAGAGCGAAGUCAAUGGCGCUGUGUUGGGCAACAUCAGCGCCGAGAUCUCUUUGGAUGAAAACAUUGCGGACAACGGGGGUCUCAAGACCAGUUUCCGCGCAUACCACGAGUACUUAAAGAAGUUCCCGUCCCAGUACACGGAAGAAGCAGGCGACAAGUUGUUCUACUUGUCGUACGCCCAAUCCUGGUGCUCCAAGAGCACGGAUGCCUCCCUCAAAAUGACUUUGAGGGGCAAGCACCCGCCCAAUCGGUUCCGCGUGACAGGGGCGUUGCAAAACGACGCUGAGUUUGCCCGUGUGUUCCAAUGCCCCACCGACUCGUACUUGAACCCGUCCAACAAGUGCUUGUUGUGGGAAUAG